AUGUCUCCCCAUAUCCCAAUUGCCCAUGGACACAACAUCCAGGCCUACACAUACUGGGACUCUCCCGUGCCAGCCGUUUUCGCUGGACAAAACUUUACAGAUCCCGUCAUCUUCAACCCUACUACAUUCACCUUGAUCACUACGCAAAACGAAGCGGUGCUCGUUGAUGCUCCCGCAGUUAGGUCUCGAGCCGAGCCAGUUGCGACUUGGAUUGCUGAAAUCAUCGAACACCGAAAGCUGAGCACCAUUUACAUCACUCACGGCCAUGGCGAUCACUUUUUCGCCGCGGAAGCUAUCCAGGAGCACUUCCCAGAUGCCUCCAUCCGCGCAACUCAGGGCACUUAUGAGCACAUGCUAGAACAGCUUGCUCCAGCAAUUUGGGACGGCCUGUGGGUUCCUACAUUUCCUGAGCUGGGAGAAAGCCCAAAGCCCAACCCCAAAGUCCACGUCUUCCCAGAAGGUCAAGAUUGCUUUACAGUAGACGGCCACGAGUUCCGCGCUGUUGAAGUCGUUGGUGGUGAUACUGCCUCAUCCACCGUUCUUCAUUACCUCGCUGAAAACACAACACCUGAGCUCCGUCAGAACUGGAUAGAUGCCAUUGACCAGAUAGCCAAGCUUCAUCCCAAGGUUGUCGUGCCAUCUCACCGUCAAUCCACGGACGACUUUGGGUUGGAGCACUUGAAGGCUACCCAGGAUUACAUCCGCACGUGGACAAAGCUCAAUGCAGAAACCACCACUUGGCAGGAGUUGGAGGCGGCCGUCCAGAAGGCAUACCCCAAGAGAUAUGGAAACUACAUUCUUCGUAUUUCGGAGCUGGUGACCAAGGGAGACUUGCAACUCCCAUAA